AUGAAGACCUCGUGUUUUUUUGUUCUCCUCCUGAUUGGACUGUGUUUCAGGUCAUAUUCUGCAUUUCCUCCCAAAGGUUACACUCAACAUGCUUCAAUUCAAAGUCCUCAGUUCACAAGGAGCUCCCAACACGCUCUGCAAGCAAAGGAUCCAUCUGAGGAACCAGAGCAGGUGAAUACUGUCCGAGUGACCUGCCAUCCAGACUCAUUGGAGAUUAUUAUCCAAGCUGACAUGUUUGAAGUUGGAGCUCCUGUCAAUGGUGCUGAAUUACGCCUUGGAGUGGAGCUCAAUGACAACUGUAGAGCUACAAUAUUUUCAGGAGAUGAGUACAGAAUCCUUGUUAAACUCGUGGACUGCGGCACCAAACAAAAGAUGACUGAAGACACACUGGUCUACACAAACGUGCUCGUAUACUCUCCUGUGGCCUCUCCAGAUGGGGUGGUUCGAAUGGAUGAGGCUGUAAUUCCAAUUGAAUGUCAUUACGAAAGGAAGUACAGUUUGUCCAGUUCUUCACUCAUGCCCACCUGGAUCCCCUUCAUGUCUCCACAAGCUGCAGAGGAAAUUUUACCAUUUGACUUGAGAAUUAUGACAAAUGACUGGCUUCAUCGAAGAGGCUCUAAUGUGUUUUACCUCGGCGAGCCCAUCUCCAUCGAAGCCUCAGUCCGAGUUGGACAUCACACGGGGCUCCGAGUGUUUGUGAGCAGCUGUGUGGCGACACUUUCCCCAGAUGUAUCCUCUGAGCCGAGAUACGUCUUUGUUGAAAAUGGGUGCCUGGUUGACUCUGAGCUUCCAGGUUCUAGGUCUCACUUCUUAUCCAGGACACAGGAGGACAAGCUCCACUUGACCAUUGAUGCCUUUAAAUUUCAUGAGGACAGAGAAGACCUCUACAUCACAUGUCACCUGAAUGCUGUACCAGUAAAUGAUGCAGAGGCACCAAAUAAGGCAUGCAGUCUUAUAAAUGGAAGAUGGAGGUCAGCUGAUGGUAAUGACUAUUUAUGUGGCUCUUGUCAAAGUCACAAUAAGCUGAGCAGCCCUGGCAAGUUUGGUCCUCGUAGGUUUGAGAAGCCAGAAGAACCUGAACCGUUUUGGAGUGGACAGAGAACCAAUACAGUGUGGGAAAAGGCGGCACGAGUGGGCCCGAUGAGUGUCUUGCCAGCCAAGCAGACCAGUGGGCCAGUACCUGUGAAGGAGCUUCCUCGUCUGAAUAAAAUCAGAAGACCUUCAAUGUUUGGCAGGCAUUGACUUGGAAUAAAUGAUAACGUUGGUGGGGAUGGUGUGAAGGUCUCUGCCCUUCUAGAAAAGGAAUCUCCCGAGGUGGACGUGGAAUUAAAGGGAGAACCGCUGGAUGAAAACCCCAUGUCAACCCUCGACUGUCCAGUUUGCUGUAGAUGUGACCAAAAGUCAACUGCAACAGAAAAUACCUUUUCAGAUACAAAUGACUCUAAAAUAUAAUAAAUGAUUUGCUUUUUAAAUGUA